AAACUCGGAGAGUUCUACUUGUAAGCCUUCUUUUUCUCUCUCCACACAGUCGCACACUUACACAGGGAGAGUUUUCUGUGAAAGUGAAAGAAGAGCUUCGGAGUUGCAGAAAAAGAGAGAAAAAAUGGUGGGAGAACAGAAGAGGCAUCAGAUGAUGCAGAAUUUGUUCGGUGAGCAAUCGGAAGAAGAGGAAGAAGAGGAGGUCGAGUCCGAGCACGAGUCCAAUCGCCAGCCCGGCUAUGCUUCGGAAGAAGGAGAUGGAGGGCUGGAGCCAGAGGGUGAAGGUGAAGUAGAAGGCCAUGGUGAAGCAGAAAUAGAAAGUGAAGCUGAACUACAAGAUAUUGAUCAUGAUCGUGGUGAAAGUGAGGGUGAAAGAGAACAGAGUUCUCAAGAAGUUGAAGCUGGUGAUCACAGGGAAGAAAGUGGAGAAAAAGACUCGGAGAGUGAUGAAAAAGUACAAUAUGAUCAGAGAGUUGUAACCAGCAGGAGACGUGGUGAUGUCAUCAGUGGAUCAGAAAGAUCUGAGGACAACACUUAUGCUGACAAUGAAGAUGAAGAAGUGAAUCAGGCUAGAAAUCUUAGAUCUCCUAGUCAAGAGAGAGAUGAGGCUCAUAUUUCACUCUCAGCUCCUGAGAUCCGUGAUGUAUUUGGGGACUCUGAUGAUGAAGAACCAGUGGAGUAUGGGGUUCAAAAUCAAAUUGAAGAUGAGGCAAAUAGAUUCCCUAUGGAAGAGGAUGAGGAGGACUAUGACAAGGAACUCAAACCAGAGGAUAUGCUGGCUGAUGAGGAGGGCCACUAUGAAUCUGAGGAAGAGCAUCCUGAGGCUAAGCCAAGGGAAAAACCAGUUGGUCCUCCAUUGGAGCUGGAGAUUCCGCUGCGUCCACCUCCUGCACUCCCUGAAAAGAUGAACAUGAUCAAAGUUUCUAAUAUAAUGGGCAUCGACCCCAAGCCUUUUGAUCCCAAAACAUAUAUUGAAGAGGAUCAUUUUGUGACAGAUGAAUCUGGGUCUAAGAGACGCAUCCGCUUGGAAAAUAAUAUUGUUCGGUGGAGGAGAGUGACAAAUCCUGAUGGCACAACUUCUAUUGAAAGUAAUGCACGCUUUGUGAGAUGGUCAGAUGGGAGCUUACAAUUGUUAAUUGGAAAUGAAGUUCUUGACAUAUCAGAGCAGGAUGCACAGCAUGAUCAAGCACAUCUUUUUCUUAGACAUGGAAAGGGAAUUCUCCAAUCACAAGGGAGAAUCUUAAAAAAGAUGAGAUUUAUGCCUUCAUCAUUAUCAUCUAACUCUCAUAGAUUGUUGACUGCUUUAGUCGACUCACGGCAUAAAAAGGUCUAUAGGGUCAAGAAUUGCAUCACCGACAUUGACCCUGAGAGGGAGAAAGAACAAAAGGAGAAGGCUGAGAGUCAAACAAUCAGAGCCAAUGAACUUCUCAAUCGGAAGAAGGAGAAAGUCAAUCGCAAGUAUACACAAACUGUACGCAGGGAGCGCCAACUUUCACCUGGUUUCUUAGAGGAUGCACUUGAGGAGGAAGAAGACCCAGAUUAUUAUGAAUCUCGGCGUUCUGCUGCUCGACGUCGCUUUGAAGAAGACCUAGAAAUGGAAGCUCAAGCUGAGAAGCGCAUUAUCAAUGCGAAGAAGGGGCACAAAGAUGUUGCACGAAAGCCAUCAAUGUCCACAACAAAAUCAUCUCGACAGCCAGUGGACUUUUCAGAGAGUGAAAAGGAAGAGUCUGAAUAUGAAACAGAAGAGGAAGAAGAUGAGAGGUCACCAGCGCAUGGGAGGGCAGAAGACAUAGAGCAGGAUUAUGAAGAUGAGGAAGAGCAUGAUGAAGAGGAGGAAGAAGCAAAUGAGGUGUCAGAAGAGGAGCCAGAGGAGCCAAGGAGAAAAUCUAAGGAGCCUGGAACCAGUCUUAAGAGAAAGGACAUUGAAUCUGAUGAGGACUCUCCUCCCAGGAAAGCUGCGACACAUCGUCGAAUGGCAAUUGUUUAUGACAGUGAUGAUGAAUAAAUGAAUCUCAGAUAAGGUGGAGUGGAAGAAAGAAGCAUGAAGCUUGCGGGGAACGAAAACUUUUUUAAAAUGAGAAUCAAAUGAAACAUUCAUAAUCACUGGGCUACAUUUGAUGCCCAUCUUUGCUAGUUAUAUUUCUUUUAAACGUAGCUUUUUGUAGUAUAAACUUAUGAUCAAGUUUGGUUUGUUUGGACUUUAGUUACAAUUGUCUAGUCAUUAAGAAAGUCAAUAUGGUAGAAAAUCAUACUUGUACACUAAAUAAAUAGUCAUGCAUUAUGGGUCAGAUUAGAGCUCACAGAACCAUGGCAAGAUCUUCAUCAUGUGCAAAAUAGGUAGUGAUGUAAUGGCAAACCAUUGUGUGAUUUCUAAAAUGUCCAAUUUGAGGUGAAAAUUAACAAAGUGCAGCCACUCUGCAAUUACUAACAAUUUAUUGCUGUGGGUGUCUUGCAUUUUACAUAAAAUCUGUAAGUGAAAUAUAUGGCAUCUGCCAGUUAGUUUUUGAUAUUUGAAAUAAAUAAUAACUUUUCAAAUUGCACUAUCUAUACAAAUAUAACUAAGAACAGAAUCCUUUUUUUUUUUUUUGCAGAAAGGAUUGCCAAUGGUAACAUAGGCUACUAGAUAUCUGUGUAUGUUGUCUGACUUUUAGUGGAAAAGGAAAAAAGAAUAC